GUGUGUGUUUGUGUGUGUGUGUGAUCUGCGUCCUGCGUCCUGCGUCCUGGGUGAGCUCUAAUAAUAGGGGAGGCUGCCUGCUCCUUUAAGAGCCUACUUGUUGCAUAGUCUACAAAAUAUAUUGUAACAAAAUGGUUAUCAAAGUAUUCCUCGCCUCUUCAUCGGGAUCCACUGCGAUCAAGAAGAAGCAGCAAGAUGUGGUCGGCUUCCUGGAGGCUCUUAAAGUGGACUACACCCAGCUGGACAUUGCCUGCAAUGAGGAAAACCGCAUGUGGAUGAGGCAGAACGUCCCCACGGAGAAGAAGCCCACCAACGGCAUCCCCCUGCCCCCCCAGAUCUUCAACGAAGAAAGCUACUGUGGGGACUACGACACGUUCUUCGAUGCCAAGGAGGACAACUCGGUGUAUGAGUUCCUGGGGCUGCCCCCUCCCCCUGGGUCAAAGGAAGCCGAGAAGGCACAGAUUGUGGAAAACGGGACCCAUGCUGAAGAAACUAUUGCAGAUGAGAACGUUGAUGAGUCAACAGAGGUUCCAGUGGAGGAGCGCAAUGGGAAUGCACACGGAGCGGAGGAGGAAGAAGGUGAGGGUGGCGAGGAGGAGGAGGAGGUAGCAGAGGGAGAGACUGCAGAUGAUGAAGCGACGGAAGGAGAAACGGCAGGAGACGAGGCCCCCGCAGAGGAGGAGGAGGAGGAGGCGGUGGAAGAAACAGACGAGGUCACAGAAGACACACGGGCCCGUGCAGAGGAGGAAGAAGAACAGGAACAGGAAGAAGCUGAUGAGGACAGGGAGGAAGAGGAUUUGCAGUCAGAGGAGGAAGAAGAGCUACGACAGCUUGAGGAAGAAGAGGAAGACGUGGAAGAAACACAGGAGGAAGAGGCUGAGUAGUUAAAGCCAGGCGACGUCAAUGAUGUUGACUCACUGCUAUCCAGCCUGAAGGAGCCUCCUGUUCUGUAUCUCCCUGACCCCUGAUGCUUGACCCCCUCUACCCCGUCAGACAGCCCCUUCACCCCUCCCCAAGGCUGCACUGGACCCCACUGGAAACUUUGUUCAUGUGCUUGAAGGCGCCACCCAAACUGAAGAGUCAACCCCUUUCCCUUUUGACUGCAAUGUUGACUUAAUUUUUAUAUUUUGCGAUUAGAGACAUACUGUAAUGAAAAUGUGCAGAGUAGCCUAGUGGUGUCUGUUUGUUUUUAAUGAGUAGCUUUUGUAAAAUGCAAAACAGUUAUAUUGUUAAACUCAAACAUAUUUCUCAUGUUUUACUUUUAGAAAUUCUAGUUUCCUAACACAAAGAGCCACUGACCUUUUCAAAAAAUAUUACCUUGAAAAACCUUCGCUUGUGGCCUCUACAUCAGAUUCAAAGGUUCAUAACUCACUCUUUUAUCACUGUAGUUUUAUCAGCGUUCUGGCUUUAUGACUCCUUCUAUUAACUGAAUGUAUAAGUGCAAACUAAGAUUUCUAAUAGCCACAUGAGAAAGGAAAUACGCACAUACUGCAAGAUUGCGAACUACUCUACCACUACAAUUACUCCUGCCAAUACUGCUGUCUAAUCAAUGCACUUUGUUGAAUGAAGAGUGAAACAUGUGACUAAGACUUUGAUGCAAUGGAAAAUGCAAUAAAGUAAACUGGUAAAAAUAA